CUCCCAGGUAGCUGCCACGAUGCCGGACAAUGGUCAAGCUCCCGUGGACAAGAGUCCAGACGUCCGAGAUUUCCGCUAUGACCACGGCUGGGCCUGGAUGGUAGCCCUAGCAUUUUGCCACGGCACCACCCUAAUCAACAGCCUGGCUCUCCUCAACCAUUACUUUAAACACCGGAGAGGUCUAGCCACCUCCCUCGCCAUGAUGGGUCUGAGCUGUGCCCCCAUCCUCCUGCCUCCCAUCUUCCGCUUCCUCAAAGACGAGUACGGUUUUCAGGGAUGUCUCCUGAUCUUCUGUGCCUUUGAGUUGAAUGCUGUUUUUGCGGCUCUUCUAUUCAGACCCGUGGAACAAGAAAGUCACAGGGAGGGACAACACGAGGACGACCGCAAACUUCUAGGUCAAGAACCAGUACAAGAAGACAACGUUCAGCUUCAGACCUUCAACCAUUCGGAACAUGACCUCCGGCAAACCCCAGGCUCGCGAUGGGAAAAAUCCGACACAGAAUACGUUAUCGAGGGUCCUCAUAGACGGAUACGUUCCGAAACAAAGCAACUCGCUACACAAAAUUCCAACAAUGGAUGUGUUAUUUUACCAGAGUUGACAAAUUCAGGUAAAGAUUCAGGUGAAAACAGUCAUCGUCCAAAAACUCCCAUGAAUGAUAGUGAGAUAAGCGCUGGUGCACCCCCACCUAUUUAUAUACAGUCAGAAUUCUGCACGACUUCUGAAUCGGAAAAAUUGAACAUCGAAUCAAAAAAUAAAUCUUCCUUUUCUUCUCCUUCGCCCUCCCCUCGUCCGUGUUGCAGCAAGGUGUGUAGAGCAGUCGGGGAUUUCUUCAAGAGGCUACUCGACCCGAAGCUUCUGAGACGACCCAUCGCCAUCCUACUUCUGUUCAGCCAAUUUCUCAACUUCGCCGGGAUGUUUAUCACAGCUUAUCUCCCCUCCCACACCACCUCAGUAGGCGUGUCCAAGCAAAACUCCGCCCUCCUCUUCACGCUGAUGGGUGUGGUCGACAUGGUGUCCAGAUUUGGCUACGGUUAUUUGGCUGAUCUCAAACUGUUCCGAGUGAGCCAGAUCAUUGCCGCCACAGUUCUGUGUAUGGGAAUCUUGUGUCACUGUAUCCGGUUUUUUCAAACGCUGGAGUCUUUAAUCGCUUUGGUCGUACUGACUGGGGGUCUCGGGUUUGCCCAGGUUGGGCUAGGAGCGCCUCUCAUCACAGAAAUUCUGGGUGUGGAAAAUCUGGGGAAGAUGUUGGCCUCCUGUACACUGGUCAUGUGUCUGCUGCAGGGUGCUAGUUACCCCGUGUUGG